AUGAAGCUGGUCACUGUGUUCCUGCUGGUGGCCAUCAGCAUUUGCAGUUACUCUGUGUCCAGGGACAAAGAACUAUUUGCAGAGGUGGCAUCUGAAAGCGUGGAGGGUGCCGAGGUCAUAGAAGCUGGAUGUUCCUGUUUCACUUGGACUCUCUUUUGCUCUGCAGCUUCUGCCCUCCCCGUCAGCAGUGUGCUGACUCCUGUCAAAGAUGCCUUACCUCUGGACGACAUUCUCCCCUUCAAGGAUCCGUUAAAGCUUCUUCUUAAUACUCUGGGCAUUUCUGUUGAGCACCUUCUGGAAGGGCUCAGGAAGAGUGUGGAUGUGCUGACCCCAGAGGCCUCUGAGGCUGUGGAGAAACUGCUGGAAGCCCUGUCGCAUCUGGUGUGACGUCGGGAUAAAGCGAGGGUGGAGGUGGAAGGAGGAUGACGGUCCCCUCCUCCCUGGCCGAAACUUCCCAUCCUAAAGUGCAGUGAUCCCUGAAAAGAAUGAAUAAAACA